AUGAUAAUAUAUUUAUUUCCUAUUUUAACAGAUAUCAACGAGUGUACCUCAGCUGAGAAUAACAGCUGUUCCCACAAACCUGGAUGUAUUAACACGGAUGGUGGCUACACUUGUUCGUGUCCUGCUGGUUUCAAGCUGGAUAACAAUGGUCGAAAUUGUCUAGGUUAGUAUUAUUUAUACUUGAAUUCUCUGCUCUUUCUUAAACUCAAUUUAUAUUUCUCCCUAAAAGUUUUGUCUUGUAAAAUAAACAUAAACAAUAAAACACAAAGUAUAGGCAUUUUGAAAUUUUAAUGAAAAUCAUUAACAAUUAUAACUUUAAUAGGUUUUAUUUUAUUUAAGUUAUGAUAAGCAAUACUUGUUUUAUUUUUCUCUUAGCAUGUUCUGGAGACACAUGGAGUGUUGGAUGUUCCCAUAGCUGUACCUGUGGUAUAGGAGCUAGAAGAUGUGAUCCUAUCAAGGGUUGUGUUUGUAAAUCUGGAUACAUGGGUCAGUUUGAAAAAAUCCUUAUUAUUUUAUUUAGUUUCUUGGUAAUAGUUUAUAAUUUUUGUAUUUUUUAAUUUAUCCCAUUUAAAUAUUUUAUCUUGAGAAAUCAAAACUACUUUUAACAUUCUUAACAUCAAUCAGGAGAUAACUGCAACAUUGACAUCAAUGAAUGCACCAGUGGAACUUUGAUCUGUAAGGAGAGGGAAGUUUGUAUCAACUUACAUGGGAGUGCCAAAUGUGAAUGUCAGUCUGGCUAUGAGUAUGAUGGUUUUGGUCACUGCCUUGGUAGGUUUUUUAAUUUUGUUCCCUUAGUUAUUAGAAAUAGUAGUUACAUUAUAAUUACUUUAACUGUUUCAUCACAGAAAUAUUUUAAUUCUUAACAUGGCAUUUUUCUCAGAUAUCAAUGAGUGCUCUAAAAACAACGAUUGUUCUCAAACAUGCACAAACACAGAGGGUUCCUAUAGUUGUUCCUGCUAUUCUGGCUUUACUUUCAACACCACUAGCAAUACUUGUUUCGGUAAUGUUGUUUUUUCUAUUUUAAAAUGUAUUAAACUAAUUUUAUUUCAUAAAAUUAUGUCAAUUUGUUUUAUUCAAUAUUUUAUAAAAUUCCUUCAUUCUUGUGUCAAUUUAGUGAAAAAUAUCUUUUUAAGUAUGUGUUUUUGUCUUCUUAUAAGAUAAUUUAAUAAAAUGUAUGUUUUACUUAUUAAGCUAACUGCUAUAUUGCUAUAUAUACCUGAAAAUUUAAAAUAGUUGGUAGGGCUAAUUGUUCCUUGCAAGAAGUGAACAUAUGGAAGUUUACACUUUUCCCUAAUAUGCAAAUUCUAUUUAUUAUUUAUGGCAGUAAAAAAAUAUAAUAUUAAAAAUAUUAAAAUUUAGCAUAGACGGUUGCAAUAUUGUUUUAGUGAUUGAAGGACAAACCAUGCAAUAAUUAUUAUAAAUGGACCUUUAAAAAAUCUACAACCCUUCUUUAAAUAUUUUAAAAAACACAGUGCUGAGGCUUUAUUUCUGUUGGGCAAUACAUGUUUGUGUUCAUUGUAAAGUAAGACCACUAAACUAUGCAUAUUAUUUUUAUUUUAUUUAAUGGAAUAAGUCUGAGUUUAUUGUAACCUUAUGUCAUGAGAAUAAACCUAAAUAACAAGGCAUUAAAUUAGAUAUCAUAUAGGAAAUUCUAUGUUAAUCUUAAUGCAACUCAUCAUCUAAAUAUUCAUAAAGAUUAACAAGUGAUGUAAGACAAAACAAAUAAAUUCAUACCUUAAAAGUCUACCCUUAUUUAAGACAUUAUUCUUUUUAUAUUAAUUCUUAACAGACGUAAAUGAAUGCCAAUUAGGGAAACAUCUAUGUGACCAAAUCUGCACUAACACUGAUGGGAGCUAUCGUUGUUCAUGUUCAGAAGAACUUGUCCUACAACUGGAUGGUGUUUCAUGUGGUGGUUAGUUUUAUUCUGUUUUACAUAAUGGUCUAAUUUUGGUUGCAAGUUCAAGUUUGACUAAGCUCAUUUAAACUUGGAGUUUGCCUUGAUUAUUUCCCUUUAAAGUUACAAACUACUGUUCAUUAAUUGAUAAUUUGAUCAUUGAUAGGCAGCUUCACAUGUUAAGAUUUGUGUGGUAUUGAUGUGUACUAAAGCAAAAUCCACAUUAUUUUAAUAGCUUUUGAUUCCUGAUUUAAUGCAAUCAUAAACUAUUAUUUUACCUGUGAAAUAAAUAAUAAAUAUUAUUUGGAAUUGUCUAUUGAAAACAAAAUGAUUUAUUGCAUUACAACAAAAAACUUAUUACUUUUAUUUUUUCUUAAUUUCAUUAAAAAUGUUAACAUAAUUUAAUACUACUGCAUUAAAAAUUAUUGUAUCAAUUUUUAUGAUAGUUUUUAGAAAAGUCUUACUUUAUAGUUUAUUUCACUUGUUCUAGCAUAAGCAUUUCAGACUGCUUUAAUCAUCAUCUCUAAUACUACAUUUUAGACCUCAAAUUUAAAUUUUGUAUUUAUGAAAUGAAAAACUUAUAGUCUGUUUAAAAUAGCAGUAAAAUUAGUAAACUCUUAGCAUAAUGACAUAGGCCUAUACUUUAACAUAGAUUUUAUAAAGUAUUGUAUCUAUUUAUUUUUUAACCUAUUCAAAUAUUUUUUGUUAUUUAAAGUAGGCAUGAAAUGUCUUAAUAUAAUUAUUCAAUUUAUGAAAUCAAAGUGUUUUUCUAUUUUUUUCUCAGCUGAAACUCCAUGUACCACAUCAAUCUUUUGCACUGAAAAAUGUGCCAAAAUUAACAGCCUUGAUACAUGUUUAUGUGGGAAAGGCAAAACACUAUCCAUGGACAACACUUCAUGUGAUGGUAAAUGGCUUCUAAAAUGGUGGAUUGCGUGGUGGACAAAUCUGAUCAAAGAAAAUAAACUUUAUGAUCACUUAAUUAGUUUUACACCAUUUUAUUUUGAUUCUCAUGUGGUACAUUAUGCCAUUUAAACAAAAUUCAGCUAUUUCCUGGAAAAAAAACUUAAAAUCGCUUAAUCAAUGCUCUAAAUAUAACUUUAGAAAACUGAUAUAUCACUUUUAUAUACAUGUUUAAGUGUUGUACCAAAUUAACUUAUGUUGUAAAAAAAUUCAAUGUAACUGUUAUUGUAGAUACAUUUUUAAAAGAAAAUUACCUUAAAAAGUAUUCACUGUAUUAGCUCAUUAUUUAAUCUUGCCAUCUGUCACUGGGCAAGGGGCCUUAAGUGAGGAGCCUACUUGCAAAUGGUACUAAGUUCGUUUUUUGAAAAAAAUGACUUAGUGCUCUUUUCUUAAGCUAUUGCCUUAAAUACACAUUUUGAAUCUCUCAUCUUAACUUUCAGAAGGCUCUAAAUGCCUUUAUUUUAAAUGGAAAAUGUAGAACAACCUUAAAAAGGCUAGUUAAGUUGUAACACAAAUUCCACUUUCCUGAAAAAUGAGUUUGGUUGGACUUAGUACCUUUUGCAAGUGGGCUCUUGAUAAGUGUUGCUUUAAAAAUAUUCAAAUAGAAUAAUUUUGUGCCAACAAUUUACAUUUAAAUAUUGCUGCUCAUCUAUUUACAAUUUUUAUUAUCUGAGAUAAUCAGUUGCUUAGAUGUGCAAAUAAUAUAGAAAAUCAUUUUUACAAAAUUUCAUGUAGACUUGGAUUUGUGCAAGAAUACCCCAUGUUCUGAAGGAUGUGUUGAAACGAAGGAAAAUAAAACUUUUGAAUGUUCUUGCAAUGUUGGUAAAUUCUUGGCAGCGGAUGGAAUAACCUGUACAGGUAAAAGAAGAUAUUAAAUCCUUAAUAAUGCAUGAUUUCUUAUACAUUUUUUAUAGUUAUAAAAAAAAAAGAAAAUAGGUUAAUAUGUUAAGCUGACCAAUGAAAAGAAUCGAACUAAGUUUAUUUAGCUCAUAGGAUGUUAUUUAGUAGGAAGAGGUCAAGAUGUAAAAAUUUAUUCAUUAUUUUUAAGUGAAUCUAUUUAUUGUCUUUCUUUACUUAAUGCAAACAUAUAAUUAAUUACAUAUAUAUUAUUUCACUCUAGAGUGCAUUGGUGGAAAGUAUGGUAUGAACUGUAACAAUUGUUGCACCUGUCAAAUGUCAAAUACCAAAACUUGUGAUAAAGUCAAU